UUUUUUAUAAUUUAAUCCAAAUAAUAAUAAUAAUAAUAACAUUGCAAUUGCAACUACAAUUUAAAGAUAAAAUUCUAAUGGAUUGCAAAUUAGUUUGAUAAAUUAAACUGAACAAGAAACAGAAUUAGAACCAUAAAUGCCCCACUAUUACGGGAUUCCACAUGAUUUCCUAAUCUUUAUCGUCAUCUUCAAAUUCGCAACGAUCUAAUUCAAAACUUUCCCGGAAAAGAAAAUUUCAGUGAGAAUUUUACUCUUAGCCAAACAAAUUGAAAUCAAUCCUCUUGCCUUUGAUCUGCUAUAAAAUCCCCUUUCCAUCUUCAUUGAAAUUCAACAAGCUCACCGGUUUCGGAUUUGGAUUGGAUGCAUUGAAAGGAAAAAUUUCAGAAAAAAAUACCUGAAUUACCGAAUAACAAUGGAUUCCAGAGCCAUUUCCGCCGCCUUACUCUUCAAUUUCCUCCUCUUCUCAGCCGCCUCCGCUUUCAAUAUCACUAAGCUCUUAAGCCAGUUCCCCGAUUUCACUAAUUUCAACGAUUUACUCACACAAACAAAACUCGCCGAUCAAAUAAACAGCAGAGAAACAAUCACCGUCCUCGCCCUCGACAACGGCGCAAUUUCUAGCCUCUCCGGAAAGCCAGUGGACGUCGUGAAGAGGAUCCUGAGCGUUCAUGUUAUUCUUGAUUACUACGAUGUUCAGAAGUUAGGUAAAUUGUCGAACGAUAACACUACAGUUCUCACAACUUUGUUUCAGGCAAGCGGUGCCGCAACAAAUCAGCAAGGUUUCAUCAAGGUUAAAUCGAUUAACGAAGGUGAAGCCGCGUUUGGAUCUGCUGUGAAAAGAGCACCGACUUAUUCAAAAUUGGUGAAAUCUGUUGCUUCUCAGCCGUACAAUAUCUCUGUUCUUCAGAUCACAUCUCCUAUUCAGGUUCCUGGAAUCGAUUCCAAGGCAACUAACUCUACUCCUCCACCACCAUCACCGGCGUCGUCUUCUCCUGUUGAAUCUCCUAAAGAAGCACCGGCUCCUUCCGCUGAGACUCCGUCAAAGGCUGAUGCUCCGGCUGCCGAAACACCUAAGGCCGUUGCCGAUGCGCCGUCGAGUUCUCCGCCGACGGCCGAGGCCGAUUCACCGAAGGCAGCGGACAGCGACGCCGAUGCGGCUGCACCAGGACCUAGCGAUGCAUCUGGCGCGUCGUCAGGCGGUAGAUUCGUCGGAGGUGCGGUGGUUAUGGCGGUGAUGUCGUCGUUUCUGGCUUUGUGAGCUCUAAAAGCUAAUGCGGUUAAGGUGAUGCUUUGAAGAUUGAAAAAAUUAUGAACUAUGUCUACCGCUCAAUCAAUGCCAUUGGCACCACAAUGAGCGAAAAAAAAAAAUAUCAUCAUUUUUCCAACGAAAUGAAAUAUUCAUGAGAUUGUUCUAA